AGACCACUGAUCGAUAAUUAGUGGAUCCGCCUGAUUAGUGUAAAGAAACCAAAUAUUCUUUCUUGUUCAAGUUGAAAAGUAGACACCAGCCAUUGAACCACAAGGCUUGUUUAAUUUAAAUGCCUUUAUAUAUUAUAAAACAGCAAUUGUAAUAAUUGCAUUAUUGGAUUAUCUGGAUAACUAAGGCAUAUGUGAUAAUGGCUAGCCUGGAAAAAUUAGUUAAAAGUUUAGAUGCUCUAAAGGCUUACCAUCCAGAUACACUUUCUGAAGAAGUCAAGAAAAAAGAUAAUGUUGCAAUCAGGAAAGAGAAAAAGACAAAUUGCAAUAUUGCAGCUGAUUGUAUUUCUGCAAAUGCUUUAAGAAAUGUAUCAGAUUUCAAUAAUUUCCUGGGUUUAACGAUAGAAGUGUUGCUAUUUUUGUGUGAUGAUCCGGACCCAGAUGUCAGAACAGUAGCUGACGAAUGUUUGAAUAGAACAAUCAAGGCGCUGCUGGAAAGCUCUGUUAAUCGUAUUCAUCUGGAACUUUUCAAAGAGAUUAAAAAGAAUGGGCCCUCUAGAACCCUACGAGCAGCGCUAUGUCGUUUUACAGAGAUGGUACAUCUCAUUAGAAUACAAAAACGACGGGCCUACGUUAUGAAUCUUGUUCAAACUAUUGUCAAAUUGUGUACUCGGGCUGAAGAGGCUGUUCAAGAAUGCCUUGGGCAGUGCAUGCAAAAGCUGUGUCCGGUUUUGCUAUCCUAUGCUAACGAUGCAGAAAUUAAGGCACUUUUAAAGAGUUUUAUGAGUAAUUUAAAUAGUAAAUCAGCCACCAGUAGGAGAACGGCUGCGUCUUCUCUUGCUCUCAUUUGUCAGUAUGCUCGAAGACCUUUACUAUUUACCGCUUGGCUUCUUGACUCUCUUUUAGAUCUGGUGUUACCUAUUUCACCUAUAUUGAGUAAUGAACCAUCUGAUUCCCCAAUUCUACUGGGCGUUCUAUUAUCUCUUAAGAAUCUACUACCACAGAUAAGUGAACAGGAAAGUAGUUACGAGAGCGUAAAGGGAAGUUUCGGUGUUUUGAAAAAAGAAGAAGUUAUAUCGAUAAAAGUGGAAAAGCUUUUGCAAGUUUUUGAAUUUGGAGUGCAUUUAUUAUCACAUUUCGACCAUAAUGUAAUAAAUGCAUCAUUGGAUGCACUUCAAACGCUUUUAAGAAAUUGUCCUAAAAAGUUGGCAGACCUUCUACUAACAUCCGGAGCAGCUUCUGAAACGCAUAUAUUUUCUGGUGAUAAAAUUUUUGAGCAAGCUACUAAAGGAGAUACAAUUCAAGAAACAAAUUUUAGGUUGUCAUCCUUGGCUGAUGUCUCAAGCUUAACCGAUGAGCCAAUUGAAACGCAUACUCGACUUGCGGAGACGGGAGAUAAUUCGACAAGUGAAGAAAGCGAGCCAGAAGUCUUUCCAUCAGAUGGACAAGACGAAGCUGGUAAUUCAGAGGUUGCGGACCGGAGUAUAUCGAAUUCGAGCUCAGAAGAAAAGUUAUCAGAAAGUCUUCCCAAUUUGAGUAUCAAAACUCCUGAUAAUGGUGAUAUUAACAAUUCAACUGAGAAGGAAGAUGCAUCCUUAAUGGAUACGAGUAAAGAUUAUUCUUCUAAAAAUGGAGAUAUAGGAAAUUUAUCAGAUAAAUCGAGUAUAGCCCUACUAUACUUUGUUAGGUUGUUGUCUUCCAAAUUUCUUUUAACUGGCUAUAAGAAUGGUUUGAUUCCUGACAAUGCAGUCAGAGUCAGCGUUAAAGCUCUAGCGUUGUCUUGCUUGUCAGCUGCCUCGUCAAUCAGUCCUAAAAUUCUCUUUGAUACAUUAUUUAUUGAGAAACUUGAAGAUGAUCCUCAGAUGAUUUUGGAGGUUAUUUUCUAUUCUAGUCACUCAGACCCUCAAUUAAAGGGUAAUGUAUCGUUGUUGAUUGGAAGUCUAUUGGAGAAUGUUCUCUUUCUGUGCGACGAUAACGUAAUAGAAGACUAUAUAGAAAAAACAUACGGUCUCGGACGUCCAACGAUAAGAGAACUUUGUAAUCAUCUGAUAAAGAUAGUUAAAGAUGAUUCAGCCGUUGCAGCGAAAUUGGCUAUAAGCAGUAUUCGGAAAUUUUUGCCAACAAUGCUUAAUAUGCCGUUAAUGUGGGAGUCUGUCCAAAUUCUUAUGUCAUUACUACAAGUUGCGGAUAAUCCAUACUGGCUUGUUAAAGUUGAACUCUUAGAACUAAUAGGAGAGUUAAAUUUUCGUAUCGUUAGCUAUAUGGAAAAGCGUUUCUCAGAUACAGAAGAAAGUAAAAAAUUAACUAAUAAGCCAUUAAACAUUCAAGAAGUAAUUUUGAACAAAAUCCUAUUGAAACUACUCAAUGAUUCAGAUAAUCGAAUUCGCACUGCAGCUGCUUCUUCUCUUAUGAAGUGUUUACCAACUCUUUAUUAUUCUAAUAACCUACUGCAAAUGGAUGAAGUUGUCACGGAAACUAGAUAUAAAGUAACUAGAUAUCUGGAUCCAAUAUUUCACGAAUGGUCACAGCCCCCAACACCUAUUGUUUAUGGUUUGGCUUCCCCUUUCUAUAAUCUUAAAGGAUAUUUCUCAGGAGAUGAAGCAAUCGAAGAAAAUCUGUCACGUAUUAUUUCCACUUUAUUAUAUAAACUAUCUAGUACUAAUUCAAAACAUUCUAAGGCUGGUUGUAUAUCGGCACUCGUACAAAUUAUUCAAGUAUAUCCCGCUACUGCUUAUCCAACCCCAUGGGGUUGUGGUGUAAGCAAUUCUAGUUUCAAAUCUCAGAAUAACUCUGAAGUUGAAAAUGAUAAUACAAGUGGUGGUGGCACUCUUCAAACUCUUCUUUCUUUUAUAACAGCUACAUCAAUUACAUUCGAUUUAUCGGUUCAUCAGGAAAUUCUUACUCUAAUUGGUGAAUUAUACUGCGGUGAAACGUAUAAAUGUUUAAGAAGUGUACCGGAAAACGAUAAAGAUAAACAGCAAUGGAGCAUGUUAAAUGAUAGACGGCUUUCAACCUUCUCAGAGCAGCUUCUACUGCAUAUACUCAGACUGUUAAACAUAUUUUAUCACGUGAUUGAAGAAUGUCCGCCGAUAGCUCCAAAGACAACCCUAAGCGCUCCAUCUUUAUCACCUAUCAAGAAAAAAGCAAAAGGGCUUAAAGACGAAGCUUUAGCUGGCGUUAUUAAAGACGGAGAGAAGGAAAAAGCGAAAGAAAAAGAGCUAGAGAAAAGUCCACCAAGUAAAACUGAAAAGAUUGGUUCUUUUCAUAAUAUAAUACAUUACAUGAAACUUUAUGAUGUUUUAAAUGCAACAUACAAUAGCUAUAAGGUAGGCCUUUUAAAAGAUAAAAAAGUUUAUUCGUUGUCAGCUAGUCUCACAUCGGAAGAUCGAUUUAUUACUUUUAUGACAUCAACUUUAACCGUUUUAAGUCAAUUAUUAGAAAUUGCAUCUCUGAAGGAAGUUGGAAAGUUAACUGAGGAAAUUUUGAAUUAUUUAAGAGUUGUCAGUAACUUUGAUGCGUGCAAUAGCAUUUACUGCGUUCAACAGGUUAUAAAAGAAGAAAAGGAUUUGACGGAAGAACUUUCAUUAGAAGUAAAUAGUUCAACGAACUGCCCAAUUAUUAGCGUUAUUGACAGUCCCUGUUCUGAUGUUUUGAACGAAUUAACAACUGUAUAUCGUAGGGAGGACGAAAUCCCAUCCAAUAUGAAUGAAAUAUGUGAUGAAGUAUUUAAAUUUAUUGAAUCUGAUUUAAAUAAUAUAGAAGAAAGCUCAGCAAGAGAUAGCGAAUCAUCAACCGUAGAUGUCGAAACAGUAGAUAGCGGGAAAAGUGGACUUGAAGAUAAUCUUGGAUGUGAAUUAAGCGGUAGUAUAAAUAAGCAAAUUAAUAAUUGCGAAGCAAAAGUAAAAAGGAGAAGAAAAAAGAAAAAAGCCGUUAUCGAAAUUACACAAGAUCAAAUGUGCUUUAACAACGCUAAAGUACCAGACGCUGCGUACUCACUACCAUUUGACGACAUACAAUAUAUUGAUUCCUCAGGAUUUUCAACAUCUAUUCUAGCCCAAAUGCUGCGAGACGAUUCUUUGUCGUCAACAGCUUGUGACGCAGCUGAAUCGUUGAUGAACGCUAGCUCGGCACUUUUUGAUGGCACAGAUAAUUUAAAUGAAACGACAUCUCCACCUAUAACUCCUAAAAAAUGUUUGGAUGAAAAUUCACCAAAAAUACAAAGCGUUUCGGAAGGAUGGAAGUGGCACGAUAGAAUGAAAGAGGCUAGAACAAAAAGAGAUAGAAUUCGUAGGUCGAACGUUCUAGAUCCGAAAGCUGUAAAGAUGAUGUCCGAUUGGUAUAAUAAAAAUGCGGCUCAUCCAUAUCCAUCUAAUGAACAAAAGCUUAAAUUUGCGAGUGAAGGGGGAGUUACUUUAAACCAAUUAUUGAAAGCAUUGUUUGGUACAAACUUAUCGUCUCAAUGGGAUUCAUCGAAUUUCAAUUCGGACGUUGCAAACAAAGGAGGCCCUGGAAAGGCAACUCGCCUUAUUGCUCCAUCCGGCUUUUACAUGGGACUAUAUCAUUCCUGCUUCACCGCCCCUUAUACUCAAUUUACUCAAUCGCUUGCAUCCGUUACUCUAAGAACAGGGAUGCCAAGUGAACAUUCGGAUUCUUCUAGUCUUUUAUCCUGGUUAAAGAAAAAGUCAGAAAAGAGAUUACCAUCGACAUUGAAAUCUGAUAGCAAAACAUCCGACAGAGCAUUUGUAUCUUCUUACAUCAGACUAUUUGAAACGUCCGUUAUAAAAGCGCUGAAGCUCUAUACAACGACAUCUUCCUUGCCUUUACAAAAACAGGUUCUAAAUCUACUCUCUCAAUUAGUUCAAUUAAGAGUAAAUUAUUGCUUGCUUGACUCUGAUCAAGUUUUUGUUGGUUUUGUUGUGAAGCAAGUUGAAAAUUUUGAAGAGCAACAGUGCGAUGGGAUUGAAAAUUUCCUUCCACAUCUUUUAUAUUUUCUAGUGCUACUUUCCUACGAAAAAUAUCAUUCAAAGCCUAUUAUAGCCGUUCCUAAAAUUAUUCAAUUAUGCGAUGGAAUCAUGGCUAGUGCCGAUCAUAGACAUUUGCCACCAGCCCUGCAGCCCGUAGUUAAUGAUCUGUUUAUCUCAAGGUCCUUGAAUAAAGCGGACAGUGGAAAAGACUUAGAUACUCAGAGAGAAGUUGUUGUAUCAAUGCUACUUCGUUUAUUGAACAAUUACGAAGCUCUCGAAUUACUUGGUAUAGUAUUGCAAGCUAGUCGUAGGGAAACAGAAGAAAAAUGGAAACGAUUAUCAAGACAAGUUGUCGAUGCUAUUUUACCUUUACUACAAAAUCACCAAGUGCCUAUCCGCAAUCAAAUGCAAUUAGACGUUCUUCACCGUCUAUUCGAAGCUGUUGCUCCAGCCGUCCUGAGGCCCACAGAUAUAUUAUUAAGAUAUCUCUUCGCUAAACCAAGUUCAUUGAAAUCAACGGAAUCUUUAGAGUCAUGGAUGAGUUUGGUAUUAAUAAUACUAAGAGUAUUUCUAUCGCAAAGCAAGGAAGAUAUGAUACUAUCACGAAUACACGAAAUGCAAUUAACUAUUCCAAUAUUAAAAACAAAUUCGGAAAAUCAACAAAUUUUUCCAGCAGCAAUAACAUUUACAAGAUUUAUUCUACAAACUUUUGGUAUUGUUGUAGAAUAUUUGAAUAAAUCUAAUAAAGAUUUAUUAACAAAGAAAUUGGACGUAACUAAGAAGAGUGAGCAAGUAAAUUUUAUUCUGGACAAUAAUAUUACAGAUUUAAUUGAUAUGUCUCAAGAACCACCAAUACAAGAUUUAAUAAGCAAAAUACAAGAGAAAUCAGAUCAAUCGUUAGUUUUUAUACAAACUAUAAAUGAUAAGUGCGAAAGUCUGUGUGAGGAAGCUGAAAGAGUUUACGAUUGUUUGAAGUGCUUAAGGUGUGCUCAUCAAGAACAAACCGCUCCUCUUUUACGACUUAUCAUUACGCGUAUUCUUCCGCAACGUCAUUUAAUGGCUGUUGGUCGAUUCGCCGAUAACGUCGCCUGUCAAAGAACCGAAGUUCUUUUAGCAGCUAUAGCUCAGGGGAAAAUUGAUCAACCACCCUUAGAAGACAUUGAAAAAUUGUUAAGUUUUAUGGAAGAGCGUGGUCUAUUGAAACGAUACGCUCGGCUAGCUACUCUCUUAUCAAAGUUAAUAAUAGGGAAUUCAAACAAAGCUAAGCAAUAUUUAACUGAAUCGAAAUCGCAGCAUCCUUUAAAUACUGUGGGAAAAUUAACUCAAAAUUCCAUUGUCGAUAAAAACUUGGUUAUAUCAAUUGUUCAAUACGAGUGUUCGAAAAGAAUGCCUAACUUCAGAGAUUGCGCCCAAAUGUUAUCUUGUUUGGAAUACGCCGACAUUGUAAACAUCCUCAUGUCCUCAUCCACUCAUCAGUCCAUAAUAGGGGAAUGUUUAAAAACGGGGGCGGAACUAUCAUUAGCCUCCUAUGACGAAAAUUGUUUGCUUGGUGGGAAAAAAAAUUAUUCAGGCGAUGAAAGUCUCGUUCCUUUGUUCAGGGCUGCCGAACUCUGUUUAAUACGUAAGAUUAGUGAGGUGGUCAGCGACCUUCCGGCCCCCCACGAAGUUCUUAUGUGGGAUGAGGAUGAGAAAAUAUCUCCUCUAUCACCAAGGGGUAAACAAUACCGUGAUAAACUUUUGGAAAAGUUUAGUGAUAGUCAUUGGUUACAAGGGUGCAGGAGGCUAGCCGGAGCUCUAUUGGAAUACUUAAGCGUUAUUCCGUCGCUUCCAUGGCAAGCUUCCGACGACAAUCUACGCGACGCGACAAGAUUCUGCGUGCUCGGAUUUGAGGUAUGUGUUUAG